AGAACCUCCCAGUUUGCAGAGUGCAGAGUCUGAGAGUGGGAGAAAGAGAUUGAUACAGAGUAGCGGAGAGAGGAGGAUCCAGCAGCAGCAGCAUCCAGCCACUGCCACCAUCACCCAGGCCAGGCGGGCACCAGCAUCAUCCAGCUGCUGCCACCAUCACCCAGGCCAGGAGGGCACCAGCAUCGUCAUCAUCCAGCUGCUGCCACCAUCACCCAGAGCAGGAGAGCACCAGCAGCACCACCCAGAGCAGGAGGGCACCAGCAGCACCACCCAGAGCAGGAGGGUACCAGCAGCACCAUCCAGGGCAGAAGCAUCAUCAUCAUCCAGCCACCAUCACCCAGAGCACCUCCACCGCCCAGACACAGUCACCCAAGAUGGUGAUCAAAGUUUAUAUUGCAACUUCCUCUGGCUCCACAUCGAUAAAGAAGCAGCAGCAGAUGGUUCUGGGGCUCCUGGAAGCCAUGAAGAUCGAAUUUGAGGAGAAGGAUAUCGCUGCCAACGAGGAGAACCGAAAAUGGAUGAGGGAGAACGUCCCAGAAGAGUGUCGGCCGGCAACCGGCAAUCCCCUCCCCCCGCUGAUCUUCAAUGACCACCGAUACAUUGGGAAUUAUGAGGAUUUCUUUGAAGCCAGAGAGAAUAACAGAGUCUUUACCUUCCUGGGCCUCACACCUCCUCCCGGCUCAAAGGAGGCGGAGUCACUGGCGAGGCAGGAGGCAUAAACCACCUCACAUUUCUCCAGCACCGGAUCCUAUUCUGCAGAGCUUUCCUGGGUGUCUCAGAUGCUUUCAAAUAAAACCUGAUCAGCUUUGCGCCUAAACUCUUAACUCUGUCCGUGUAGUGAGGGCCGGGGGCCGGUGUGGGCUCACUAUGGGCGAUGGAGCCACUGUCUGUGUCGUAAUAAGUGUAAAUGCUGUGGAAACGGACGCCAGCUGGGAAGAGCGGUCUCCGUGUGAGAGGCACGAGGUGCCGGCCUUCAUAGCCCGUGUGGAGAACUGUCCGAUAAUAUUCUGCUCACCUUCCGCUUUCUCAGUAAUCCAGUCUGCAAACGCCAAUCAUUUCCCUGUCACCGCCCCCGCGGACGGCGCUACUCUCCCAGUGUCCAAUAUUAAGUCCUGUUCUUUGUGUAAGGGGCGAGCGCUUGAGCGCUCCUCGUAGCUGCCCCAAACCACACUCCACCAAUCGGCGUCAGGUGUGUCCGGUAAAUAGAUCUGACCGUCCCUCGUUAUUGGUCACAAUGGCGGACAGUGCGUAGGAGGAGAUGGGAGAGAGAGGGGGGGGAUGGGGUGUGUCUCCCAGUUCCCGGAACCGGUCCCACAGAAGUACCUCUUGCUCAUUUUGCGUCUCUCAAACACUCAGGCUGCAUCUUGUAUACACUGCGCAGAGAUCCGCGCUGCAAUCCGGUGCUUUCCGCUAGUCGCUUACAGUAAUGUACGGAUCCGCUUCUCUGACAAUAUGGCGUCUGCUGUCAUUAGAAACGUGUGCGGUGUUUUGUUGUUACAAUAAGGAAUUGUCAGUAGUUGUAUAGGAGUAAACGCACAUUCCUGAGCUUCACCAAUGGCGUCCGCUACCAGCGAUCGCUUUAUAUAGAGACUGCGAGUGCUCGCGUCAGAUGAGAACCUCUCGCUCCACCUGCUGCGAUAGUCUGCCUUAUAACCGCGGGGUGCGAUGGCUGCCGGUCCCCCCCCCGCCAGGGAACCUCUGUGAGUGGUCGCGUGACAUCUGGGAUGGCCAAGCACAACACAUACCUCUUACUCUUACCACAACACGCCCAACAUACAUAGAGCUAGGAACACGUAUGGGGAACAUUUACAGCCUGGCUCUGGGGAGAUAUAUACAGUAUCUAUAUCUGAUGGGAGAAAUCCCAUUAUAACGACCGCGUCCUGACGCAAGAUUCGCAUCUACGUCUGUGAUUUCCGACUGCAGGUGGCUUAUGAAAUGUUAACUUUGACAUUCCAGGUGUCCCUAUCCCGUACACAGUCUGGCCGCCAUUAUGUUCCCCUUACCCGCGACCGUGCAGCCUAGCGAUGUCCUGGUAUUAUACUCUGAUUAUUGCAUAGGGCCAGCGGAUCGUCCCCCUAUAACGUGCCAAUUAUUGGGACCCUGUAGCAGAAUAUAUAUCGCCUUACUGUAUACUAUAACAUGUCCUAUUAUCAGUGGUCAUCAGCUUACCUGUGCCUCGGUGUGACCCUGACACCCGAGCGGCUGCGUUCUCCUGAACAAUGAUACAACGUGACCGGCCGCACUGACCAAGGCUAUUCGCCGUAGACCUGGAUAGUCACAUGAACGUCGCACAAAUCCCCAGUCAUAAUGUUUCACAAUAGACCUCGUUCUGCAAUGUCUGCUGGGACCCCCGGCUUUGUAUGACGGACGCAGAAUUACCGUUCCUACUUCUAUCACAUGAUUCUACUCUUAGGCCCAUUUAUCAAUGAGUGAUAGAACUCGCUGUGAGCGAUAAAUGGCGCCCCGGCCAAUCAUCUUCCAACUGUCAGUUUUCAAACGAGUUCUGUCACUCUCUGCGCGUUCUGUCACUCUCUGCGCGUUCUGUCACUCUCUGCGCGUUCUGUCACUCUCUGCGCGUUCUGCCACUCUCUGCGCAUUCUGCCACUCUCUGCGCGUUCUGUCACUCUCUGCGCUUGCGCUUUCUGUCACUUCUAUUCACCAACAGUUCUGCUCGUUGUAUUCCCGCUUGGCUUAGUAACCUGUAUCGUGUAAUUCACGGCGCUCUCUUCAGCUUGUCUGAUUACAUGGGCCUAGGUCAUUAUCGCCAUGUGAGGCGAGAGUGCCACCUACAGGUGGUAGGAGGUACUGACCCACACUCUUUAAGAGACAGAAAAUAAUGAUUUGUUUUUAUACUAAUGGAAAACGUCGCCAAGUUCAAUGACCUUUAUUUAGCAUAACACACUUAUGAUAUUUCCUUUCUAAUAUCCAUGUCUAAUGCUGGGCCGACACCGUCGGCUAAGACCGACAGCCCUUUUAUCUGACACCCUGCAGUGAUCCUGGGCGUAAGCUGUCAUAUAUGUCCCAGCGUACAGCCACACGGUAUCGGGGUUCCUCCCCCGGGCAGCAGACGUUUCCCCGCUGUGCAGGGACGGGGGAAAUGUCCGUCAGUCGGCCGCAGCAGCACAUUCACUGCCCGAUGUGGGCGACUUGCAACUUCUAAUAUAUUGCAUCUGAUACACGUGCCGAACAAUUCAUCAUGUCCGACCGAGCGCUAUUUUCAGGUGCACAGCGCAAUGAUCGCCCAGAUAAUCGUGUAAUGUACGCCCACAGCGCAGUGAUAUCCGUGAUCGCCCAGAUAAUCGUGUAAUGUACACCCCAAGAGCAGUGAUGUCAGCGAUCGCCCAGAUAAUCGUAUAAUGUACGCCCACAGCGCAGUGAUAUCCGUGAUCGCCCAGAUAAUUGUGUAAUGUACGCCCACAGCGCAGUGAUCGCCCAGAUAAUCGUAUAAUGUACGCCCACAGCGCAGUGAUGUCGGUGAUCGCCCAGAUAAUCGUGUAAUGUACGCCCACAGCGCAGUGAUAUCAGUGAUCGCCCAGAUAAUCGUAUAAUAUACGCCCACAGGGCAGUGAUAUCCGUGAUCUUCCAGAUAAUCGUGUAAUGUACGCCCACAGCGCAGUGAUAUCCGUGAUCGCCCAGAUAAUCGUGUAAUGUACGCCCACAGCGCAGUGAUAUCAGUGAUCGCCCAGAUAAUCGUAUAAUGUGCGCCCAGCGUCAGUGAUGUCAGUGAUCGCCCAGAUAAUCGUAUAAUAUACGCCCACAGCGCAGUGAUGUCAGUGAUCGCCCAGAUAAUCGUGUAAUGUACGCCCACAGCGCAGUGAUAUCAGUGAUCGCCCAGAUAAUCGUAUAAUGUACGCCUACCAUUAGUGGUGUCAGUGAUCGCCCAGAUAAUUGUGUAAUGUACACCCCAAGAGCAGUGAUGUCAGCGAUCGCCCAGAUAAUCGUAUAAUGUACGCCCACAGCGCAGUGAUAUCCGUGAUCGCCCAGAUAAUCGUGUAAUGUACGCCCACAGCGCAGUGAUAUCAGUGAUCGCCCAGAUAAUCGUAUAAUGUGCGCCCAGCGUCAGUGAUGUCAGUGAUCGCCCAGAUAAUCGUAUAAUAUACGCCCACAGCGCAGUGAUGUCAGUGAUCGCCCAGAUAAUCGUGUAAUGUACGCCCACAGCGCAGUGAUAUCAGUGAUCGCCCAGAUAAUCGUAUAAUGUACGCCUACCAUUAGUGGUGUCAGUGAUCGCCCAGAUAAUUGUGUAAUGUACACCCCAAGAGCAGUGAUGUCAGCGAUCGCCCAGAUAAUCGUGUAAUGUACGCCCACAGCGCAGUGAUCGCCCAGAUAAUCGUAUAAUGUACGCCCACAGCGCAGUGAUGUCGGUGAUCGCCCAGAUAAUCGUGUAAUGUACGCCCACAGCGCAGUGAUAUCAGUGAUCGCCCAGAUAAUCGUAUAAUAUACGCCCACAGGGCAGUGAUAUCCGUGAUCUUCCAGAUAAUCGUGUAAUGUACGCCCACAGCGCAGUGAUAUCCGUGAUCGCCCAGAUAAUCGUGUAAUGUACGCCCACAGCGCAGUGAUAUCAGUGAUCGCCCAGAUAAUCGUAUAAUGUGCGCCCAGCGUCAGUGAUGUCGGUGAUCGCCCAGAUAAUCGUAUAAUAUACGCCCACAGCGCAGUGAUGUCAGUGAUCGCCCAGAUAAUCGUGUAAUGUACGCCCACAGCGCAGUGAUAUCAGUGAUCGCCCAGAUAAUCGUAUAAUGUACGCCUACCAUUAGUGGUGUCAGUGAUCGCCCAGAUAAUUGUGUAAUGUGCGCCCAGCGUCAGUGAUGUCAGUGAUCGCCCAGAUAAUCGUAUAAUGUACGCCCACAGCGCAGUGAUGUCAGUGAUCGCCCAGAUAAUCGUAUAAUGUACGCCCACAGCGUCAGUGAUAGCCGUUUACUGUAGAAUAAUGCUCCCCUGUCGGAUAGUAAUGAUUGGGGGAUCUCUCUGUAUGCGCAAUGUCCGUGCAGCGCGGCCUCAGAGGAUUCCGGACACCUUCCCAUUAACGUCACUUUAUUUUACCACUGAUGUUAGAUUGUAAGCUCUAGUGGACCAGAAAACUGUGUGUACAAAAGAAGUUAUUAUCCUAUUAGAUGAUAACGUGUGUAGUCAGCCUGAACUGCUGCAGAAGCUCUUGGGAAAGCGAACUGCGCGGCUCUAUAGAACAGUCUCUCCGGUCAGCAUUGAACACAAGCAGAUUACAUGCAGCAGACGCCCUGUCCUGCACUACAAGCACAGACCUAUCAGUGGUGUCUUACAGAGUGGCGGAAUGACUGGCAGUUCCCCUCCUAAGACGUUCCGCAGCAGCCUUUGUAUUGCUUUCCAUGGACAAAUGACCCCUCAUCCUUAUGUUUGCUCUCCGGCCGUCACCACGUACAGCCUGUACCAGACAAUCACCCCCACGCACAGCUGGAGUAUAUAUAUAUAUAUAUAUAUAUAUAUAUAUAUAUAUAUAUAUCCCUGUAUAUGGUCUUAUAUCAUGUGCCACAUUCCUGUCCCAAGCUCUUACACUUAUUUGUUUUUUAACGUUUUUGCUCAUUUUGAUUCACUAACACAAUAAAGACGUUUACUUUACAAUGA